AGCUGGAACAACAACACAAACAACCGUGCGCGAGACGUCGGGACGCUAAAGAUCCGGGCACUAAAAGUGACCAUGAGGAACAUCUGAGCUUCCUGCAGCUUUAUAUUCACACCUGCAAGCUUUGGAAGGUGAAAGGUGCCGUGUGUGAUGGCGGACACGGUGGUCACUGCUCACAGCUCAGAGGACCUUCUGGCUGACUUUGAGACUCUCCUGAACAACGGCAGCAUCGACCUGAGUGCAGAUCAUCAGAUUGUCAUCAUUUCUCCUGCAUGCAGCAAUGUGGAGCUCCUGCAGCACCGGAGUGUAGGAGCAGAUCUGCUGCUGUUCUCCACCCCACACAGCACCGCAUCAUCAGGGGCAGAGACGCGCAGAGACGCCGCGCCGGGCCGCCCACCGGUGAAAAGGAAACUAGAUUUGGACAAUGAUCACCAGUACAUCAGCACUACCAGGCCGCCUCCACCAUGUCCUGCUCCUCCUGCUACACCUGGACGUCCUAGAGUUUCUCGCUUGAGCUCUGAGAAAUCGCGCUAUGACACGUCCCUCAACCUCACCACCAAGCGUUUCCUGGACCUGCUGGCUCAGUCUCCGGACGGCGUGGUGGACCUGAACUGGGCCUCGCAGGUUCUGGAUGUACAGAAGAGGCGCAUCUAUGACAUCACCAACGUCCUGGAGGGCAUUCAUCUCAUCUCCAAGAAAUCUAAGAACAACAUUCAGUGGCUUGGUAACCGUAUCGACGGUGCCUCAGUCGCUCGUUUUCAGGAGUUACAGAGAGAAGUGUCUAAACUAACCAACACUGAAGAGAAAUUGGACGAACUGAUCAACAAAUGCAGCCUGCAGCUUCGCCUCCUCACUGAGGACUCAGAGAAUAAGAUGCUGGGUUAUGUGAGGUGUCAGGACCUGCGCAGCACCGUGAACCCUCCUGAUCAGAUCGUCAUCGUGAUCCGAGCCCCACCGGAGACACAGAUGACCGUCACCGAGCCCAGUGAGGGGUACCAGAUCUCCCUGAAGAGCACCAAGGAUCCCAUCGACGUGUUCCUGUGUCCUGAGGACAGCUCUGGAGUGUGUAGUCCUGUCACAGACUGCAGUCCUGCGAAAUCAUCCGCCGACAGCCCUCCUCAUCCGGCCUCCUCGGCACAGGAAGCGAGGUUAUCGACACCGACGACGCUCCCGAGCGCUUCGCCGCUUCCUUUAGCGAACGAAACAGACUCGGUGCUGGACCCGUUCUCAGGUAUCAGUGAGAUAGCUGACUUUGACCCCUUGACGCUGGGGUCAUCAGACUUCCUGUUGGAUCGGGCCGGUCCCGGUUCCGGCUUGGAUCCUUUCGGUCUGCCGAUCGACAGCUUUAUCAGCUUGUCUCCGCCCCAGACGCAGGACUAUCACUUCGGCCUGGAGGACCACGAGGGCAUCAGCGAAUUGUUUGACUGCGACUUCACGGACCUCGGACCCCUGUUCUGAGAGUCUGUUCGUAUCGUCCUUUAUCGCUCAGCGCCACUCCUGGGGCAAUUGACUAAAAAAAUACCAGCACUCAGUUUUAAAGGCACUUUUUUAAAUUUUGGUUUGGCAAAAAAAAAAAAAAAUAUCUGCUUGUCUGGAGGAAAAGGAACUGACUCUCGUUUGCAUCUACAGCUCUUCAUCAUGCUAAAAAAAAAAAAAAAAAAAAAAAAAGGCUUUUGGUUUUAAAAACUUUCGUCCAUCACCCGCUCUUCACACCAGCCGUCUCUGAGCUCUGCUUUCUCGUUCGGUUUAAUUUAUUUAUAUAAAACUAUAACAAUCUUUUUCUUUACUGUUUAAAUUUUGCAUCCGAUGUUCAGAGGGUUGUAUGUUACGUGCGUAGAGGUGUGUGUAGUGUGUGUGUGAGUAGAGGUUUGAAACAGAGAUUUCUUUACUGAAUCGUAAGGUUUUGCUCAGGUGAACCGAGGACUCCUGUAUUAUAACACGUCUUUCAGAACACGCCCUUGUCCUUUCGUCGUCACGCGUAUCGGACGCGUGCGGCGUGUUUUCUGUUGUUUAACUCGGCUGGUUUGUUGUUAAAUAGCUAUCAACGCAAACUAAUGAGGUUUAUUUUAGUUUCCAUGAACAGUCGUGGUCAGCUACAUAGAACCGUAUGGUAAAAAAUCGACUCGUUUGCACUGUUAAAAUGGCGAUACAGUGAAAUGAUGAUUGGGAAAGUGGACAAGGGCAUUUUUUAUAAAAAAGUAUUGGCACCAGGCUUUGAUGUAAGAUUGUGUGUUGUUUGAGUUCAUACAGGAAUUUUUUCAGAGUACGUUAACAGAACGUCCGUACGACGUGCCGGUGGUUUUCCGAUAAAUCUUUUCAUUCGUUUGUAACACAGCUUAACGCGUACUGAUGUCAACAUUCACAGUGAUCGCAAAGUCUUUCAUCAGACUUUACAGUAUAGCUGUAGUGCAUUUAUAAGCUUCUGCUUUAUCUAUAAUGAAUAUCAUACGAUCAUAACGUCGUGUCUUAUAACGAUACGGUCAUCAGCACGAGGACGUUACGAGGCGGCGCUGCGUGCGAAUGGAGCGAUAUGAUGAAAAAUAUAUCGUUACUGAAGGUAUUUUAUAUGAUACUUCAAAAUAAUUUUUCAAAUAAUCACAUUUCUAUGAAAUCCUGAAAAGGAGGGAAAAAAAGGUUUGUUGGUUUUAUAAUUUAAAAGGUUUAUAAGUUCAUCUUUUACAGCAGCUGGCAAGUCAAAAAAACUUAUACAAACCUAUCACAGUAUCUGAGAAAAAUGUAUUGUGAUUUAAUGUAUCAUGAUAUUGAUAUUGUCAUAUUGUCCAGUCCUACUGCUAGAACGUUCCUCAAGUCAUCUUGCCCCAAGAUGUGUGUGUGUGUGUGUGUGUGUGUGUUCUUUCUCCAAUUUCACACGUCUUGCGUCCAAAUCUUAUUUUAACCCGUCUGAUUCUCCUUAUUUUCCAUUUAACCAUUACAUGAAUUUUAUUACUUCAGUUGCUCCUAAAACAAAGGUAAGAAAAAGCCUCGUUGUUCCUGAUUCUCGUAAAAAUUCUCCAAAGACAAUAAUUUUGCAUUUACAGUUCAGAAUUUAAACACAGUGAUAAAUAUUCAGACUUUUACUUUAUUAGUGUCAAGUUUAAGGCCAUUCAAACUUCUGACCUUCACCAGAGUUACCUUAACAUUUAGAGAAAUGGCAUCAUUAGCACGUAGCUACAUCAUUAGCACGUGGCUACAUCAUUAGCACGUGGCUACAUCAUUAGCACGUGGCUACAUCAUUAGCACGUGGCUACAUUAUUUGCAUUCGUUCCUGAGGUGUUUAUUACCUCACGUUAGUCUCCUGAAGACAGGCAUUUGGUCUGUAUUUUAGAAGUUUGUACAGUGAUAGAUAAAUUUAUUUUAAUAAUUAUUAAUUCUUAAUAUUUCUUUCUAUUUAUUUUUUGGUGUAUUGAACUGGUCUUCAUAAUAUUGUCCUUUUUCCCCCCUAGCUUGCCAACUAGCUAGUUAUUUCCCCAAAAUGUAAAUAUUUAAUUAUUUCUUUUUUUUUGUUGUUUGUUUUGUUUUUUUAACCUUUUUCCAAACAUUUUAUAUUUAUAUAAAUUUAAGCUAAAAUUAUUUAGCAGCCCUUAGCUACAUUAGUAGUCCAUUUUUACACCCAGAUUAACGUUUUCACAUCUCAGUUGACUAAAAGAUCAGAGAUGGAUUUUUGCUUGUUUGUUUGUUUGUUUUUUUUAAAACUGAUGAUUUUCCAAAUGUACCGUUUUGUAAGCUUCUAUUUUCACUUUCUGUAAAAUGUGUAUUUUCCUGUAAUAAGUUCAACCUUGGCUCUGAGUUUCGAUACUCGUUCUCUCGUCGACUUUCCCUCGCUCCGUUUUGCUAACUAACUGGAUUGCUAACUAGUAAAAAUGCAUCAAAUUUCAAUAAUUGUUAGCUCCUUAGCAUCUUCAGAGAUAAAUUCUCUUCGUAAAAACACAGUGAUGGAACCGAGGGGAAAUGUUAGGGGUCGACGAGGGCGUGUUAUGACGGUGGUAUUGAAACACAGCCCUGGUUGGUGGAGCUUCUUGUAGUCUGUAGCGGAUUCAUUUAAUAAGCUAUUUCCUUCAUACGUGAGUAUGAGCUAGUUAACUUGCCUGUGUGUGUGUG